AUGCUGUGGUCAUGUGACCUGACUUCCUGUUUUUCGAGCAGCUCUCCGUCAGACUGAGUCAGUUUGUCUGGAGAACUUAGAAACAUGGCUUCAUCCUUCCUCUGCCUCCUCUUCAUCAGCCUCAGCACAGCAGAUGGAUUCAUGACUUACAGACUGUCUCGCUGUGACUUUAACUCCACUGAGCUGAAGGACAUCCAGUUCACCGACUCUUACUAUUACAACAUGAUAGAGAUCAUCAGGUUUGACAGCAAUGUGGGGAAGUUUGUUGGAUUCACUGACUUUGGAGUGAAGACCGCAGAGACCUGGAACAAUAUUCCUGCAAGGCUGGCUAGUAUGAGGGCUCAGAAGGGGACGUACUGCAAAUCAAACAUUGAUGUUAGAUACCACAAACUUACGUCUAAAUCAGCUCGGCCCACUGUCAAACUUCACUCCACGACGCCUCUCUCCAGUCACCAUCCUGCCAUGUUGGUCUGCAGUGUCUAUGACUUCUUUCCCAGUAAGAUCAAAGUGAGCUGGCACAGAGACGGACAGGAAGUCACCUCUGAUGUCACUUCCACUGAGGAGAUGGAGGAUGGUGAUUGGUACUACCAGACCCACUGCUACCUGGAGUACACACCCAGGUCUGGAGAGAAGAUCUCCUGUGUGGUGGAGCAUGCCAGCCUGGAGAAACCUCUGAUCACUAAUUGGGAUCCCUCCUCAUCCUCAUUCAUGCCUAAGAUAGAGAGGUACAAGCUGGCCAUCGGCGCCUCAGGACUGAUCCUCUGUCUGAUCUUGUCUCUGGCUGGGUUCAUCUACUACAGACAGAAAGCUCGAGGUCGUAUCUUGGUUCCCACACACUGAGGCUGUUCCUGGUCCUGGUUUUCUCUGAUGUUUUAAAGUCAGCUGCCUCCUGUGUUUAGCAGACUGAUGACGAUGUAGCCAAUAUGUCAGCUCACCAAAGAAUAACUGAAACAAUAUCUGUGCCAAAAGAAGAAAAUGUAUUCAGGGUCUGACUGCAGUUUACCAUCUGUGCUUAAUAUCUUAUAGAGCAGCGGUCCCCCAACCCCGAGUCGUUUGGUACCGGGCCGUGAGAGUUGAGGUUCGGGUGUAAAAUGUUUGGUUUUCAGGGUUUUUAGUGUUAUUUUGUUAUCGUUUUUGUUGUUAACUCGGUUUUCAUGGGUCUUUAAACACGUGUUAUAAAUAAAUCUUCUUUUUUCGGUAGCGGUACUAGUUUUCUUUUGUGGUAUUUAUUUGCAACACCUUAAAGGCCGGUCCAUGAAAACAUUGUCAGGCAUAAACGGGUCCGUGGCGCAGAAAAGGUUAAGGGACCGCUGUCAUAGAGACUUCUGGAUUGGAGCAUGUCAUCCUUCAGGACUCACAUCUGCUUUACAGUUUACUUUUUGACCAUGGGCCCGCUGACACAAGCGCUCUUUAAAUGACUGUGACUCCGUCAUUGUUUGUGCUAGUGAGAACAUGUGAAUGGCUUUGAAAAGAUGAGAAGCUGUUCUUUACGGGAUAUUUGGGGUAUUACGGUAGCACAAAGCGUUCACAGGCUGCUGCUGUCUGAACAGAGAAAAGUCAACUCUGCUUAGGUUUUACCAUCAGUGUUUUGCAAUGCCGUAGCUCCUCCACCAACUGGGCUGGAGAGACAUUUCAAAGACGAGCUUUACGAAACUUUACUGUGCAUCAUUAGAAAGCACGAGCAGCCGCAGUCCAAUCACAGAUAAGAACUGAUGAUUGAUUGAUGAUGAUGAUGAUGCACGGAGCAGAGAGGCAGGAAUGGAGAAGUGGCAACGCACAAAAAAAGACCAGGAGAUUUAAAAAACUCCAGUGUGGCCCAGGCUGAAAACACUUUUUAUACAUAUUUAAAGUUGAUGUUGUGUUACAUUUUGUUCAUGUUGAAUAUCAAUUUCCACUUAAGUAUAAAGCUGAAAAAACUG